AUGAGCCCUCAACCGGGCGACUCUCCACUUCCGUCAGAAGGCCCAGCCACGAAAAAGAAAAAAAGAAUAGUUGGUGUGUUUCCCUGUCCCAACUGCUCGAAAACAUUUACCAGAGCCGAUCAUUUGUCUCGUCACUUCCUCAAUCACAAACCAAAAGAAGUCUAUGUGUGCGAAUACGAAUUGACUGGAUACGUGGGUCAGCCUCGAAAGUGCGGGAAAACGUUUGUUCGAAAGGACUUGAGAGCUAGGCACUAUAGGCGACAUUUGGCAGAGGCAGAAAAAUCAGACGAUCCUUCAGCCAAACUGGCGUCAUCAAAGAGUAUUGAUUCAAAAUUUGAGACACCAAAGAUCGAGCACGAUACACCUAGUGCUACACAAAACAGUCCUUUUUCAUUUUCGCAUAAAUCCGACACACCUACAACACAGCGUGUACCACAUCCAGAUUCAAACCUCAGUCAGAGCGAGCAAACUAUUUUGCCGGACCAGAAUGUUCUUGCCCACACUAGCGUUGUUUCACAAUACGUACCACCUGGUGCUGAAAUUUCUGCUCCAGAAUUGUCACAGAAUCAUAGCGCACCAGGUUUCAAUACCCUAUCGCAUGAAUCCAUGACAAGAUCAGGUGUCAUGAAUACCACACCUCAUGACCCAAGCUCACAUUAUCCUAUGACGACGAAUCAGGAGAGGCUCAACGAUUUCCAGUAUCCAUUAGCACCACAACAUCCUGCUGCUAGCCAACGAGACUCUUUCAGAGCUGCCAGUACCGUUCCUUACUCUGAAGGCGAUAUAAUAUCUUGGCUUUUCACUGACAACAGUUUGAAUACAGGCUUAUAUCAAACCGGAGGAGUCAACUUGGCCGCGGACCAGAUUGGGCACGGCCAAGAGAUUACCGACUACCAAAACCAUACUCAAAUUCCGAGUGAACAACAGAUACCUGUUGGAAUAAAAACAGAGCCGUCUGAGAAUUUCCAAUUGGAGAAUCAAGUCACUCCACAUUUUCAGCACCCUUAUGCGCCAAAUCAAAGCGACCACACCAUUCCUUACAUCCCCCCUACAAGACAAAUGCCGGGACCUGAAUUGAAAGGAUCCCCAAAUUCUUGGCCUUCGCCAUUCUACCCAGCACCAAAAGAUCUGCUUUACAAUAAUGGUCUACAAGAUCUAAAUUAUUUCUUCAACAAUGACAAUCCAUUAGAGGAUCUUCUAAAUACUUCUCCGCGUGAUUCUCUUAGCAUCAUGGGUCUCAUACCUUCCACUGUCUCUUCAACAUCUCCUUCGCAGUCUAACGAUUCAAACACACCAAGAUCGCUCACUGAUGCAGCGACUAGAGAAGCUACAAUGGAUUUGUUUGAAAUGAACGCUAGAUCGAUUACAUCGGAGCUCAACACUCAGAAAAACAAACAAAUUUAUGUUGACAGAAAAAUUCUCUCGAAGUUAUUUGACCAAAUACCCUCUUUGGAUGAAGUGUAUAUCCGGUCUCUUUUCCCCGACUAUCAGGGCCUGACUCUCGGUGAUAGGUUUUGUUUCUUUCUACAGUGCUACUGGGAUACAUUUCAGCCAAAAUUUUCUAUUCUACACCGUCCUAGCUUCUGUACCGAAACAGCUGAGCCACUUCUAUUGCUAGCAAUGAUUUGCGUCGGGAGUAUGUAUUCGGCAUGCUCAACAAGGUAUUCUGAGCAGCAAAGGAAAUGCCCUGAACUCAAGUUUUGUAUGUACAUAUUGCAGCCACUCCGGUUUACACUUUUCCAACACCAUCAGUUCAAAUCCCCUGUCAGAGUGUGGAUUCUACAAACUUUGAAUUUGCUUGAAUGGUGUGAGAAAAACUAUCUUCUGAGAGAGAUGCAUGAGCGUGCCCAUAUACAUCAUGGUACGACUGUUCAGCUUCUACGAAGAUCACCAUUUUUAGGAGGGAACCCUGCAGUUGCGAAUAAGGCUGCUAACUCUGCCAGUGAUACCGCUACAAGUGGAGGUGAAGACGAACACUCAGAUGGAGUGAGUGAUCUGGAGGACCAAAUGAGCUCAGACCAAACAACAUUCAACAAAUGGGUUGAAUCCGAGUCAAUGAAAAGAAUCACAUUCAUGACAUUUUACUUAGACAUCAUGGAUUACAUUAAAUUUCGCCACAAUCCCCAAAUUCCUUUUUUCCAACUUCAGCUUCUCAAUCUACCUUGCGACGAGGAACAGCUAUGGAAUAACGAAGAAAUAAAUGGCUCGUUUCAGAAAGUUGUCAAACGCCAGAGAAAGUUACAGCGAUCAUCAAAUCUACUAAAUCGAGGUGUGAAAGACGAACCAAACAGAAUAAGACCAGGUAUGAAUUUCCUCAGUGCAAUGAAACGAAUUCUCAAAUCACAAAGAGAGAAAGUAUCUUUUGUCAAGACUAGUGUGUUUGUGAAAAACAUUUUAUUAGGUGGCAUAGCCUCUUUGAUGCACCUGAUGCAACAAUCGGAAUUUCAAAACAGUUUCACUGCUUUGGUUUCUCCAGCUGACAAGACUAGAAACUCAGUUUGGAAAGCAAUUCUUGUAAAAGCAUUAGACAAUUGCGAGGCGGAUUUGUUCCCAACACAUUCUACACUGAGUAAUGAAUCAUGCUUUCGAGCCGAUAGUCUGCGCUGUAAGUUUCCAAUGUAUCACUUGUUGCAAAUCAUUGGAUUGUCAGACAUAAACCACUAUGAUAUAGCCAUUUUUGGUGGUUCUCCUAAGAAUAUGAGUGUCGACGCAACAAGCAAAGAUCAACAGCUUGUUCAAAGAAAGCUUCAUUCCAUAUGGAAUGCAUCACAUUGGUUAAAGACCUCAAAUGAUGUCGCCAAUGUCAGAAGUGUUAUUCAUUGCUAUUGGCUAUUGUGGAAGGUAAUGCUUGCUCCGAUGGAUGAUAAUGGAAAAGUGAAUGACCAGCAAUGGGCACGAACUUGGCAGAUUGAGUUCGACUUCUUCGACAUCAUGUAUCCGUUGAGUGUUUCUAUGCUAGUCCUCUGGUGUUAUACCUUUGCCACUUAUGGCCCAGAGUCAAGGAUCUUUUCGGUAAAAACUGAAAAUUGGGCAGUUCAAGACUUUAGAGACUAUAAUAAGUUGACGUCAUUGAGUACAGAGAACGGGUAUCAGUAUUUGGCAAGGCUAAGAAACGAGCUUGUUCAGGCAACCAAGGCGAGUCCUACAUCGAAACAUCACGUUCUUCAUCAACGGUCUUCCUCAAGAGCGAUAGCUCUCGAAGAGGUAAUGAAAUCGUACUGUGAGAAAUUACCAAUUUUGACUGACCAAAAAAAUAUCAGCGGCUUAUGUUUUCUAGUCGGCACAACUCUUCUUAAAAGUCAAUGGGAAGUCAUACGAGAAAACGCAAAAUUGAUCAUUAAUUGCGGAUUGAGAUCAAUCGGCAAGGAAAACGUACAUUGUACAGACUUAUUUGACAAUGAAUUUGAUAAUUAA